GGUUAGUGCGCAUGACUGUUAAUCAUGAGGUCGAGGGUUCGAGUCCCUCUCUGACCGAUUUUUAUCGAUUAUUUUGUUGCUUCCUGUUUUGAGCUUUCACAGUAAGUAAUAUUCUAUUCUACUCUCUUUAUUCAGAAUGGGUUGUGUGUCCUCUAUUGCUCUGCUUGGUAGGGACGAAGUAUUUUUGUUUCUAUGUUAGCCAUGGUAAGGUAAGGAACAUUAUUAACAGCCAUAAAUGUAAGCCGGCUUUUCCAGGAUUUCUUCUUAAAAUUGAAGCUCUGGAAACCAAAAAAAAAAUUUAAUUUGAUGUACUAAAGCUUCAGAAAGGAAAAAAUCCUACUUUAUUAACACUAAAACGAUACUAUGAUAAAGUAUCAUCGUAUCGAGAGUUGUAAAACGAACUACGAGGAAAACGUUCUUUUUAAACAUUCGAGUCUCUGGAGAAACAAUUCUCACUCGUUACAUUUGUUUUUCUUCCUUUGCUUAAAAUAAUCUUUAGAAUAGCCAAGUUUCAUAAUGCAAACUAGUAAUGCAACGUAUCUAUUUCAGACGGAAAAUGCGAUUCGAAACGAAGAACGAAAACUUGACAAAUCCAAAAAUGAACUGGGAAAUCCAAGGAAUCUGAAAUCGAAAAUCCUAAACCUCGAACUUGAUCGUACCACCCCAAAGAAAUACCAGCUCCCUAGAAUAUUCACAUGUGAGGCCUCUCAUGUAUGCAGACUGUAUGAUUUGAAUGAUGGGAAAACUUGCAAAGUUUACAAAGGUCAUACAGGGCCGGUUACCUGUUGCCAGGUACAGAGUCUUAUGGACGACAAUCAGGACCGCUUUCUGUAUACAGGUUCAUGGGACAAAACGAUCAAACGAUGGAACGUUCGCUCUGGCGAAUGUGUUGAGACUUUGGUAGGUCAUGGCGAUUAUGUGAAGUCACUGUUGCUUUUUGAGGAAGAGGGUUUACUUAUUUCGGGUUCUGUGGAUACAACACUUGGAGUAUGGGACACAACUGCUCAACCAAACCGUCUACUAUAUCAACUGGCAGGACAUUCAAGGGGAAUUGAGAAAAUUGUUCGACAGCCGGGAACAAAUGUGUUUUGGACGUGUGGAAGCGAGAGUAGCAUUCGAAGAUGGGAAAUCCGACGAGACGGGGGACAAUCUCUUGAUGAAGAAGGAUUUUGGGGACAUCAAUCCAAUGUUUACAGCCUUAUGUUUGAACCUGAAGAUUCAGAAUCUUUGUGGACUGCAUCAGCAGAUAAAACUGUCCGUCAGUGGUCGAUUUACGAAGGGUUACAUGAAGAGACUAGAUUCGAGCAUCCCGACUUUUGUACAGACGUCCUUGUGCUCUCUGACGGUAAUAUCUGCACGGCUUGUCGAGAUGAAAAUGUGAGGUUAUGGAAUGUGAAUCUUGGGAAUUUAGCGCACAUAUAUUCAGGCCAUUAUGAGUCUGUCACAAAGUUAAUUCAGUGGAGGUCUUUUCUAGUUAGUGCAUCAUUGGAUGGGACGUUACGAGUUUGGAAUCUCGAUCCAUCCUCUUUUUCAGGCGAGGAAAACAUGGUUACUGAAGACUCUUUACUGAAACAAAAGACAAAUCAGCCUCAGCUAACGGAAGAAGAACUCGCCGAAUUGGAAGAGUUGAUGAGUGACUAACGCGAGGGAAAAUGGACCUUGCUGUUUGCGUCUAAUAUAUUCAUAGUAGAGUUUCAAUGUCGAUUCAGGAAGGUUUUAUUUAUUAUUGGAAGAGGAAACAAAAUGUUUGUUAUCCAAUAAGCAUUACGACAAUACAAAAAUUCACUUUGAAUCCUCGAGGAUUACUAACUACUUUGAAUCAGAGCAAAUCGUUUUCAAAAAAAAAAGGUGAUUUACCACUAUACUAUCACAAUUAGCCCAACUUCUGUCGCAACAAAUCGAAUACCCGGAUACACUCGACAAGGAUGAAUUAAACGAAACUUGUAAAUUCAUAAUUUUGCUUUUAUUAAACAUAACAAACGAACCACACUAAACAACAAGUAAAUUUCUCAAUAAACAACCAAGUUCAUCAUAGCAUUGUUAGUACGAUAUAUUCUCUUAAAGUAAACAGGCAUUCAACGGUUUUUUGGUAAAACAUAUAAAUGUAA